AUGGAUUUACAAAUAAUUAAUGUUGAGCUCUUUAAAAAAUUAUCAUUAGCAAUAGCAAUUAUACGUAAUACACCAGAUGGUAUUACACCAGAUGUUUUUACACGUAUAUUAUCGAAACGAUUAUUUCCUCGAUCCAAUCAUUCAAGUCAACUUGUAUCCAUACUUGAUGAACAUCUUAUUCUUCGUCAACAAGAUCUUUUAUCUCGUUUUCCUCCAUCUCAUACAAAAUUAACGUCGAGUAUUUCUUUCAUGGAUUUUACAACAGCUACAAUUGAUAACGAUGAUCUCAACAAAAAACAAACAAAUGAAUAUGAAUAUGGUGAAUUUGCUGAGAAAGUAUUUCAAUUAAAAGAUAAAAAAUAUCAAAUAAAAAUUGAUGAUGUAGAAUUUUUACUUAAUACUUUAACGAAAUGGAUAAUAACAACAACAGAUAUCAAUUAUCAAACAAUACCAAUUGAUGCAUGUCUUUAUACAAUACAAAUUAUAGCUAAUAAUCUUAAAACUGAUAAUGAUAAACCAUAUCAUAUUGUUCUUGAUAUUUUACCGAUGAUUAAUAAAUUUCUUGAUUGUCUAUUUGAUAUACUUGAUCAUAUUACAGAUAAUCAUGUUUAUUUUAUUCAUGAAAUGAUUAUUUCAUUAGCUUCAUCAAAUUCUUGUGUUUCACGUAUAUUGGAUAAAUUAUGUUAUCGUCUUCGUCAAUAUUGUGAAAAUAUAGAAAUAGUCAAUGAUAAUCAUCGUGAAUAUGCUGCUAAUAUUCAUUUUAUUGAUCCUAUUGAUCGUUUAUUUAAUAUACUUCAUGAAAUUAUUCAUAAUCGUAGUAUUUUUCAACGUCGUUUAUCUCAACGAUCAAUUGAUAAAUUAUUUACUUUUAUUAAUCAAGUUUCAUCUUUACUCGAUGGUAAAUCAAAUCAUACUCAUUUACUUAAACUUCAAGGACAAUUACAAGCUGCUAAUUAUAAAAUAAUGGAAACAUCUAUUAAAACAUUUCGAAGUUAUACAAGUUCAAGUAGUAGUGAUUACUCACAAUGUCAACAACAGAAACAUUAUACAACAAAACCACCACCGUUACCAUUGAAUCACAAUAGUCUAGAUUAUUCAAUGAGUCAACAUUCACAAUCACAAUACUUUUAA